AAAAAGAGGUAAAUCAAUGGUCUAUCCAUUAUUAUUUCAUUUCCAACUUUCAAACCAGUUUAAUCUUCGACUCAGUCCAACUCAACUCCAGCCAACAAAAUGCGAUUCUUAGUAAUCUUGUCUCUCGCUUUAUGCAUUGGUUUCGCUUAUGGAACCAGUCUCAACCGAUCAAAGCGUGACAUCCAACAAGACAUGCAAAACCUCAUCUCUGAGAUCCAAAAGCAUGGUAUUGGUGCUAUUGGUGGUAAAAUUGCUGAAUUUGCUAACAACUUCAAAGAUCAAAUAAAGACCUGGCAUUGCCCAAAUCCCUUUGAUGUAAUAAAUGCCAUCGGUAGUAAAGAUGGUGGUAAAGUGGCUCAAAUCUUAUUCACUAGUGCUGUUUGCAAUGUAUUGCACUUGCAUUAACAUUUUCCGAUUCACCAGUUUGUGACUAAAGACUAAUACAAUGUAAAACAAAUUUGUCAAAAUAUUAGUUUUAAAUUCUUGUACGACCUGUUUGAUAAUAUGUGUAUCUUUAAAAUCAAUUUAAGUAAUUUAAUGAAUAAAAAACUCCGCAAAUGAAA